GUUAGUGAUUACGCUGAAAACGUAAACUAUCUAUCAUCGCAAAACUUCUGCGACUGAACUGAAUCGUGCUGCUGUAUCUCGCUAUCUCUUUCUCGUGGCAUUCCUAAAUGUGAGACCGAAAGCGGUAUGCCGGGAACGCCACUCUCCUUUGCCGGGAAUGCGUCACCCUGCCGCCGCAGAGCAUCAGCGAUGGCGCCGAUCUCCCUUUUAAUCAGAUGGCCUGCCUGUCUUGGCCCUGCUCGCCCGCUCGUCGCCGCAUUCUGAAGGGCGGCUGGAGCAGCAAGGACAAAUUCGAAGUCCCCUCCCGAUUUCCACUCCUUUUAACGGCGACAGACCGGGUGUUUUUCCCGAACACUUCUCUCACUCUCGGUUUAAUCGGCCCUGCGUGCCUGACUCAGUUCCAACUCCCAACCCUCGCUUACUCUUGCCUCAAAAACCGGGUCGAUCACUUGCACGGCACCUCGUGCUCGCUUCAGCGGAUACGGCGCAAAACAACCAGAGCUCGCGUGCAGAUUCGCGCAACUACUUGUCAAUGUCUUAACCACGACUUGAUUUACUUUUCGCCAUCUUAAAACAGAUUUGAUGGAUUGAAAAGUGGGUACUUUGGAUCAAUAUUGUUCAAGCUAUAUACAAUAGCUAUAUAAUAGCCAGAUAAUAGCCGGGCUCUCUCUUAGCUGUAUAUACUUAUAAUAGAUUUAUGAUGUAGACCGACUCACAAUCGAUCGCUGAAUGAAAUAGCAAGCGAUUUCGCGAACUCAUAUAUAACUCAAUGCGGCCGACUUCAGACAUCCAUUUCGGGGUGGUCAGUCUUUAUUUGGUCGCCCAGACGCCACUGGGUUGACCCUUUAUCCGGCACGCGCGUAGGAAACGCACGUACGGGGUGGGUCCGUUUGUGGACGGAACACAUUGUUGGGAAGGGUGGGGUUAGUACCUGAUUAUUCAAGCGCUGGGUCUACUGGACCCCUAAAUACGCAUAAGCCCGCUUUAUCCCACUUGUGUAAAACCUGAGACAACUUAAGCCAUGCACUGUCCCUUGUCACACCCGUAUCCGGGACGUUUAUGGAGGAGAAUAUCAUGGAGAGGUUGACUUCUUCCACCUAUAACACAGGGAUGGGAAUGAAUAUUAAAUGAGCCGAAGAAAGGUCGCCUAACGUUGACAGUCGAUGAUUAAUGGCUUUAAAAUUCGCUUUCGAAAUCCGUACAAUUGUAUUUACGCCACCGCAUGUCAAAAUUUAAAGCUCUGUUACCCGGCCGGUAUUGCUCAUUCUUUCCACGUAUAUACUUAUUUAUGCUAUUUAUAGUGUAGCACACUUGAAUGCUUUGUAGUUGGAUAAAUUAUGUCAUACAUGAGCACGGGUUUAAUACACACAAUACGUAACUAUGUGCGGUAUCCCAUCUUCCGUUCUGUACCGACCAAAGGUUUAAACGUGAAUAACCCUAUAGCUUACGCAACAUGCAAUUAUUCCACAGCCAGCACAAUCGCAGCUUUACGUAGUCCCGCCACACCAUCUGCUGCGGUUUAUUCGCUUUUCUCCCACCGACUUCAAUGACACCGAAAUUAUACAUUUCCGCUGCUAACGAGCGCUUACGCAAAUGUUUCGGCUGUUUGUUUAAAUCCAGAAACGGUUGUUAUUGCGUGCGGUACGCUAAUUAAUGGGCGGCGGCGCGAAGGUCAACAUUAUUCACGUAAAUUUCAACAGUAUCACUGGCUGUACUUUGCUACUGUGUUUCUUUGGUUCAUAGUUGAAGAGACAUACCAGCAGCGCUCUCACACCACCUAACGACAGUCUAAAACUUAAAACUGUCUGUACAUCCUUCGUCACAAUGGUGAUAUAUGACGUCACAAACUGCUUUGUGACAUUUUUCUCUGAUAAACACUUAAAGUAAACAAAGUUUUAAACAUUAAAACAUGAGCCUUUACGGAAGAAAGAACUGAUUUGGAAAAAUGCGACGACCGCUUUUCAUUAUCAGUAACUUGAUUUCCGUAUAUACUUAGCAAUGACAAUGGGCACGACAUUUUCCCGAUGUAUAUACUCGAAGCCAUCUAAACCGUUCAGCACCUCAAGCUUACAACGUGAUGAAGACCUAAUGAUAAUCAGAAACCACCCUAAUCGCGUUCGGAGACGAUCUUCCGUCGCUCCAACCACCCCUAGGAUCGUGGAAGACAAAAUCUUAGAAGAGCUCUGCUUUGGUACGGACACCGAGCCCGAUGUACCAGCAGACCGCAUGAAAGGACGAGAUAUUUUGAAACUAAUCCGAAAAGUCUCAACAUCUGACGCUUUAGCUGGAAUAAUGAAAGACCAAAACACAUCAGCAACUGAUACCAUAAAGGAUUUUCAGACAUCUUCAGCCUCGUCUAUGGGCAGCUCCAGUCAAUCGACAUCGAGUCCAAAAACUAAAAAUCGCGGCAGCUUGACAAGAGCAGACGAAGCCUCGCUGGAUGAGAUUAUUCGCUCGAUCUCCGAGAUGUAACCGAAACUCGUAACCCAAGAUCUCAAGUCUGUUUUUUCAACGUCGGCCCGUGCUAACCGCCCGAAACUAAUACACACAUUCAUCAAAUCUGAGCAGAAGUCAGACAAACGCGGUCUUGUUUUACGCCGCUCUGUUCGUUACAGCGCAGAUUACUUCGCACAGCGGCGAACUCCCAAAUUGCCACCCACGCAGAACAAAUCUUUCACGUCGAAAACCCCUUUGGAUUUGUUUACGCCUGAGGCGGCUUUGGGUUCAGGCGGUCUGGAUAGGAAGUGGGCUCCCGUGCGCAAUCUUGUAAUGUCAGAUUAUGGUACUGAGCUGUCACAGCCUGUAUUUUUAGGUACAAAUACCGGCGCUUGCGAACUGAACAAAGCAAGUCGGAAGUUGUAAACCACCGACAUCUGCCGUUCGCGGUUUGCUCCUAGUCAAUGCCCGGGCGCAGUACCGCUUACGUAAGACUUAAAAAUAGCCGGUAAAACAGUGCUGUCUGUUGUGGAGGCGACGGAUUAGCUGACGGGGUCUGUCGACAGUCCAUCUUGUUUUUCCACGCUCGGUUUGUUUACCAAACAAUCACCAGCGGUCGUUGCCUUCCAAUAAUCGGGCCACGCUCUGUCGACCACGCCAAGACCAAUCAACGCAUCGGAUGCAUUUUAUUAAUCACGUACGUCGGUCCAGUUCCCCUGACUACCGAAAAGGCCAUUUUUUGACAGAGUGCUUGCUGUUCUAAUUCCGUAACCUUACGUAACCCGUGCAUGAAAUCUCGGCCGCAUUUACUGCUUCUCCCAUUGCGCAAGCGAAGUCGUGCGACUCAUAGUUUGAUUAAUGAUGAAACUCGCCCGCAAACGUUUAGUUUCGACUCCAUUCAAGCGUGUGGAAAUAUAAAUAACGGUAUGCUGGCUCACAUGUUUCCCACCUAUGUUUACACUUUGGUUAGUUGAUCUGUUGCCCGACGCUCGCAUUAUGUGGCUGCAUAACACAUGCAUCUUACUUCUGAUGGUUACGAAUGAUCAGUAUGUUAUAUAUAGUGCCCUGCUAACGUUGCCAAUUAUAGAAUAAGCAUAGUCAGUGAUAGCUUCUUACAAAUACCAGGUGCAGACGAUUUCAUUUCCAACACAGACUAAUUUCCGAAGCAGAAAUUCAUCAGCGGCAAAACUCCUUAUGUUACCGCAUCAGAACGCUUAUGUCUCGUAUAUCUUAACAGACUAAUUAAUAUAUGUAUAUGAACUUAUUGUAUACCACACACACGCUCACACAUUAUAAGUGCCGCCUUUUCUAUAAACACUUUUAUUACAUAUAGCCUGACCAUACAUGUUACCGCCGUGUUAAAAUGUACGUACAAACACAAGAAAUUUUAAUCUUUGUUUAUUAAAAUCAGUAAAAGCAAAGUAGUAUUCGUAAGUGGCAUAAAUAAAAUAAAAUUGUUUUUUUUUUAAUGUUCUUAUUAAUUUCCACAUGUGAUUUUUCCGAAACUUUUGUUAUAAUAGAAACGCGGAAUUGUCAUAACAGUUUAUUUUUUUGUUUUUAAAUUUGCAGUUUUCGCUUCACUUUUCGCUGGCACCAUUCUGCUUUGGUGUGUUGUAUUGAUUAGUAGAAACCAAAUGUGUUAUAAAACCCGACGGUCGUAAGCGAAUAAAUAAAUAGUUCGUUCAGCGCAAGGCAGU